AUGAGGCGAUCACAGGGUAUUUUGCCCGCUCAGGAUGCUUGCCGCUCCUGGUUGCAGCCGACUCAACAGCGUCGAGUGUUGAGCUCCGCGGCGGUAUACCCUGGCUACGCCUGGCCCGCUUCGAGUUCGACCUCGGCCUCGACCUCCUCUCCAGCAUCACCACUAUCAUUAUCACACACGAAGUAUGUCGCCUCGUUCUCCAAAGCAAAGGGAAAACGACCGGGCCGCUCCCUCUUUGCCUUUGCCUACUCUACAUCCAACCCAGCAUAUCCGCUUCCAGGGUCCAACAACGAGAUCGAUCCUCGCGGCGUCGACUACUCUCUCUUUGAGCCAGAGGACGACGCAUAUACCCAACACGCCUCCACAUCUGCCGUCGUUCAUCGAGCGACAGUCUCCGAACGAGAUGACUUCUUCACCGCGACACCUGCGAGCACCUCCUCUUCUUCUCUCUCUGCUCCAUCACAGCUGCUCGUCCGACUUAUCGACCAACAAGACUUCGAAACAGCCACCACCGUUCUCAACGAGCUCCUUGCCCUCAAAUCCCCGCUCACCGAGCCGCUGCCCGUCUACUCUACCGCUGCAUUAUGGUCUAUUCGUCAUGGAAGGAAAAAGGACAUGCUUGCUUGGAUGCGUCUCUGUCCUGGCUACGCACCCGGUACGAAACACCUCAACACCGCAUCUACAACCAAAAACACAUCUCAAGCGAGAUCCAUUGCCAACAAUUUCCGAAAAUGCUUCAUGGUACUACUCGAUUCGCACGGAGACGAUCUACGAUUGUUGCAACAGGCAAGCAUGGUCGCUGCUCAGAAGGGAAUGUGGAGUGUAUUGCAAGCUACCUUGGCUCAGAUUCUGCGUUUUGGCACAGGGAGGAUAGCGCACAGCAACGUUUCAAAUCCGGAGUUAGCAUGGGAAUACUUUCAUAGGCUCGUCCUGGCGAACCAGAGCCAGAGAGGGUUGAAGGACGAAGCACUCAGACCAGCGAUCUUGGCUGCAACGCUGGAACUAAGAUCGCUUUACAACCUAGGGAUACGUACUCUGGCACUAGCGGGGAGAUUGGAGGAUGCGAUACAUUGGGCGCAAAAGUGUGUCGAGGUGGGGCAAGCGCAAAGUGCAUUGGCACAGAUCUUGCUAGUCGAACCUUUUACGGAGAAUCUGCUCAUGGAGGAGCUGGUCAAAGCAGACGGCUACUUUGUCGAGCAGGCUCGAACGCUGGCGCAAGGACUGGCGAGGUCUCCUGCGAGGCUCGAACGGCAUCGAGCCACCGACGUCGAUGCAGUUGUCGCACGCAUCAAUCGAGAAGCUGCCUUCAGAACGGAAGAAAGCGAUUAUGCGCAGAGACCUGCUUCUGGGCUCGACAGCGCCAUCCAGACUUGUCUCGAGCAAGGUGACGUUAUCGCGGCACGAGAGCACCUACUCUCUGUGCUCCGAUCCGUGACGCGAGUGCGAAGCGGAGAAGACGACGUUCUACCAGAAUACGAUGAAGAACGCAGCUCGGUGUUUGCCCACCUUCCAUCCGCACGAGUACUAUCGGAACUGCAAGAUACAGUCUACAAACUCGGCACUAUCGCCGUCACCUCUUCGCUCACCGAAACAGACAUGCAUCACACGCCCGAUCCUGAAAGUCUUUCAGGUUCGAUGCAAGAAUCCUUGACGGCCGAAAGCUUUCUCCGACCGGUCCGCAUCCGACUCUCAUCCGUCCGUGGCGGCAGAGGACUGUGGGAAACGGCGAGGCUAUAUGGAUUGGUCAAGAAAGGUAGAUGGAAGGAAGCUGCGCACUUCUAUACCGGCAAAGCAGGUUUCAAGAUCCCAUCGGGAGGCAUUUCGAACGAGCUUGUAUCUCUUGCGCUGGACCAAGCAACAUCGCCACAGGUCGACCAGAGAGACGAGUUGGACGAGGCGCAGAGCAUGCGCGGCAAACACUGGCCUUCGACACACGCCAUCAAUCUGAUGCUGAAAGCUCUCGUCGGCAUCUGCGUCGACGCCCAAGACUACGCGCGUCUCCAGCAAGUGUAUGCAAAGUGGAAAGAGUCUUCUCUGCCGACGACAGCGGGCGGAGAAUUGUCCUUCGACCAAUGGCCACCAUCGCAACGACCCAGCAGUUUCACUCUCGACCCAUUCGUUCGGGCUUUCGCACGCCUAGAAUUCACUUCUCCCGACCAACAAGUCGAGAAAUGGGGAUCAAGUGAAGCGGUAUUGGACGUGAUUCGCGAUAUGACGGAAGCAUUCCGCGUUCGACCGAGCAUCUCAACCUGGACCAUUGCGUUGGACUGCCUCGCUAGAGAGGGGAGGGAGAGGUGGGGUUCUACGACCGAGGUGCUGACACGUGCCGUUGGUAUCCGUACCGUCUCGUCGCUCGAGCAAGGAUGGAGCGAGCAGGAGACGCGGGAAAAAGCCUCGUUCCCACCAGCGACCCUAGCAACGUACACCGCGUUGAUGCGAGCAUUGGUCAGAGUCCCGCAGAGCGACGGCGGAAGUAUGAUCGAUCAAGCCGCAGCCGUGAGGGACGACCUGCUAGCGAGAACGGUGGAUCUAGAUGCAGCGGCGAGAGGUGUAGACGGGUCAGAGGACGAGGUGACUUUUUGGAACGAUCUAUUGACGAGAUGGACAGCGAUCCAGGAAGCGCUACAGCAGAGAGAGGGUUUGCGGGACGACAGGGAGAGAUGGGAUGGGGUACAUGUGGUGAAGGCCAAUCAGGGGAGGACGUUGGAGGUGCUGAAGGAGGUGUGGAUGUUGGAGUGUGCGCGGGUCGAGGACGAGGAAGCGGGGAUGUGA